AUGUCUAAUUGGAGUUCUGAUCAUGAGGUUGAUCAAAUGGUAGAGGAGGAAGUUGAUAGUAUAGUGGAAGGGAUUCAGUACAACUACACUCAAAAGGAAGAACCACCAGCUCCAAUAUUCCGACGAUUGCACAUAAAUAGAGACCGCGAAGAAGGCCACACUCGGCUAUGGAAUGAUUAUUUUGGUGAGAAUUCGACUUACACUCACGCUAAGUUCCGCCGUCGCUUUAGAAUGAACAAACCAUUGUUCGAACGCAUAGUCAGUACUAUUGAGAAUGGAGUCCCGUACUUCAGACAAAGACGAUAUGCUACUGGAAGGCUCGGUCUUUCUGCACUUCAAAAAUGUUCUGCAGCUAUACGUAUGAUGGCAUACGGAUGUUCGGCAGAUGCGGUGGAUGAAUAUUUACGACUAGCUGAAACAACCGCACACAAAUGCCUUAAAAAUUUUGUAGACGGAGUUAUCCAUCUAUUUGGAGACGUUUAUCUCAGAUGA